UUUAGUACUCGUGAUGUAGUAGCCGUCGCACGUGUAUCCAACAUGCUAACCGCGGUGAAGGUCUCCGGCUCCGGCCGUUGCGUGGGCGACCAUCCCCGGCGGUGGCCACCCCAUCUCAGUACGUAGUUCGGCACUGCGCAGUUUACAUUGCGAAUCCAUUGAGUACAGAAUAAUUAUGGCGGUGGAUCAACAAAAACUGUAUCCCAACUGCGAUUCCGGCGUAUGGUUGAGGUCUUGUGAGGAAGAGGUAACUGAACCUUUAGAAGGAACGAUUACUGGCGAGAUACCGUCGUGGCUCCAGGGUAGCCUACUACGCAAUGGGCCAGGCUCGUUGAAAGUUGGAUCUAUGCGAUUCGAACAUCUCUUCGACAGUUCAGCGUUACUUCAUAGGUUCGCAAUUAACGACGGCAGCGUUACGUACCAAUGCCGGUUCCUGCAGUCCAACACGUUCAAGAAGAACCGCGCCGCCGCGCGUAUCGUUGUCACAGAGUUCGGUACGCGGGCCGUGCCCGACCCCUGCCACACUAUCUUCGACAGGAUAGCAGCAUUGUUCAAGCCGGGGGAAUCGUUGUCCGACAACGCGAUGAUAUCAUUGUAUCCAUUUGGAGAUGAAAUUUAUGCUUUCACUGAAGGUCCUGUUAUACAUCGAAUAGACCCUGAGACUUUGGACACGUUGGAAAGGAGGAACCUUAUGGAUUCUGUUUCGUUGGUCAACCAUACUUCACACCCACACGUCAUGCCCAAUGGCGAUGUAUACAAUCUGGGAAUGUCUAUAGUUCAAGGAAGGCUGAAGCAUGUCAUUGUGAAAUUUCCUUACACCGAAAAAGGUGAUAUGUUCGCGAAAGCGCAUAUUGUAGCUAAUAUGAGUCCAAGAUGGCCGCUGCACCCAGCGUACAUGCACACUUUUGGUAUAACAGAGAACUAUUUCGUGAUAGUGGAGCAACCGCUGUCAGUAUCUCUGUUGACUAUGGUCAAAAGUCAGCUGUCGAACGAACCACUUGCAUCCAGCCUUCACUGGUACCCCAAUCACGAGACACACAUAGUCCUACUGAGUCGUAGGGACGGUAAGGAGGUGAAACGGUACAGGACGGAGCCGCUCUUCUACUUGCACAUCAUCAACGCUUACGAACAUGACGGCGUCCUGGUGGUGGACCUCUGCGCUUACAAGGACGCCAAGGCUAUAGACGCCAUGUAUAUAAACGCCAUUGAAACGAUGCAAAGUAACGCAGACUACGCGGAAUGGUUCCGCGGCCGCCCAAAGCGACUCGAGCUUCCGCUGAAUGCAACCAACUGCUCGCGCGUAGAACCGCGCCUACUGGCAGAGCUUGGCUGCGAAACUCCUAGAAUACAUUACGACUUGUACAACGGUCGCCCUUACCGGUACUUCUACGCUAUCAGCUCAGAUGUGGACGCUGCUAAUCCUGGAACAAUAAUUAAAGUGGACACAAAAACUGGCGAGACGAAGACGUGGUGCGACACGAACUGUUACCCUAGCGAGCCAAUAUUCGUGCCCACGCCUGGUGCUACGGAGGAGGACGAUGGUGUGAUACUGAGUGCGCUGGUGUGGGGCGGCGCUGGUGCCCAGUGCCGCCGUGUCGCACUGCUGGUGCUGGAGGCACGAGGACUUCGCGAACUGGCACGAGCCACCUUCUGUGCGCCCUCGCCCGUGCCCAAAUGUCUGCAUGGCUGGUUCUUACCUCGCCGCAACCAGUUGUAAAUAGCUUCCAAAGACGUAAGUACAUACUGUGUCAGAAUCUGAAAUCAGCUUUGACGGCCAUUGUUUUAUAAUACGAAUGGAAAAUAAGCCAAUUUUCAAUCUAGUAUAUGUCCUGCAUUAAAAAUUUAAUGCAUAAUUGGUUAUUAACGGUGAGUGGCCACUUCUCCAUUUUGUAACCCAUAAAAAAAUAUUUAAAAUUAUAUAAAUAUUUAAAAUAUCUUAGAUUGUAUAGAUAAAAGUGUAUUCCUUUGCUUUGUCAACAAUAGGUUAAUUUUUUUAUCCAUGUAUGUGGGUGAAUAGGGUUACCAUAUUGACAUAAUACUCAGUAUAUGAGAGAAAUGGUAUUGUAAGGUUAAAUUAAAAAAUAAAAACAAUACAAAAUCCUUAUGAAUAUAUUUGAAAAAACAAGAUAAACUGUGCAUAAUUAUUUGUAAUGAUCUUUAUAUUUACUGAUUACCUUAAUUUAUACAAUAUUUUGAAUAUGGACAUAAAAUAUGUUUUAGUUUUUAAAUAAUUAAAAAUAGUCGCUGUUGUAAUUAUACAUAAAUAUAUAUAAAUACUUUUAUAUUCAAAGCAAUACCUAUAUAUGUCAUUUAUAUUAUGUCAGAAAAAAUAGUUCUCAAUUAAAAUUUCAAAAAUCGGUCUGACUUGGAGAUAUUUUUAAUUUAAUUACUUGUAACACUAAAAAAGCGGACUUUUUAUUAAAAAAAAAUAUAUGUCAGCUAUUUAUUAACUAAAUAUUGAUCCCUUUUUACGAGCACAUAAUAUUGUUGGAAAAUUAAGUUUCAUUUUAAAAUUAUUAAAUCCAAUUAAAUUGUCUGUCAGAUUGGACAUUAUUUUUAGAAUAGAUAAUUUUAUGCACGUUUAGAUUUAUAUAAAUCCGAUUGUUUAGUUUUUUAAUCAUUAAAUUAAUUUCUCAUUUAUCAUUUAGCAACGUGUAGUUAUUAAAUAAGCUUUAUAAAAUUGGACGAACGGUUCGUCAAUCUGCAUUACUUAAUUAGGUAGAUAUUAAGUUUAUAAUUUUUAAUAUAGAACAGUACUAUGGCGUAUAAUUAUAAGUACGCAUAUGCAGCACAAAUAUUUUGUAUUUUUAUACUUGUUUAUUAAAUAUUAUAUCAUCAUUAUCAUCAUAUAAGCCAUUAACUGUCCAUUGUUGUAUAUAGGCCCCAUAAGAGGGGAUUUGCCAGUAGUUGCCACGCUUGGCAGACGGUUUGGCAACUGCAGUUAGGCUUUGGUGAUGUUUUUAAGAGGGAUGCAGCUCCCCGUCCCUUGACUAUUAAGUUCUUUUAAUCGCCUCUUACGACACCCAUGGGAAAGGAAGGGGUGGUCCAUCCUAUGCCGGGAUCACACGGUAUUAUAUAAAUAUUAAUAUAUAUCUGGCAUUAAAACGUCCAUGUUUUAUAAUAAUGUAUGAACCUAACAAACAAUGUUUGUCAAACAAGUAAUUUUAUAUAUAUAUUUAAUACCUAAUAUAAAUUUAUUUAUGUUUUUUAAAUAUUAAUAAUUUAAAAUUAAUUUAAUACAGAUUUCAAUAGAUUUAAAAAAUGUUUGUUAUUUUUAGUAUAACAACCCGAAAUACAAAACGGUGUUAUUAAUAACUGAUAUGUUUUUAAUUAAAUCUACAUUUUUUACAUUAUAA